UCGACUCCUGGCGAGGAGAAGGAAACGCUUGCGAGUAGAAAUUAAACGCGAAGAAAACUAAGCGGCGAUCGAAGCCUCGUGGGAUCUUCGCAAUAGCAGCAGGGGGGAAGGUAUCAAUUUGGGCUGUGAUCGCAGGAGCGGCGGCAGGAUCUUGGCCACUCCGACCUCGGAGAAGCCCCCUCCCUCUCGCUCCCUCUUCUUCGAGGCGCUCCGAGCGGGGAGGUCGAAUAGGACGACGCGGGCACGGCGUGGUAUUCGACUUUUGUGCCCUCGAACGGAUAUUUCCGAGGCGGAUCUCGGAGUCACGGCGAGCAGGGAAAAAGAGGAAAUAUUUAAUGGCCGAGAGAAGAAACAUUUGAUCUUUUCGGACGGAAAGUUCCUUCUUUUGUUUUCCCGUUUGUUUUUGUGUGGAUCCUACCUUGAUUGUUUGUGGGCAUUCUCAUUGGUGCGAUCUGGGAUCUCUGGAAGUAUCGGCCUGAGGGAGAAUCAAGGAGAUCAGGCGUUGACCUGAUUUUGGAGCGCGAAAUGGCCAAUCUUAGCAAUCCCACAGUAGGGUCACAAGUAUGGACUGAGGAUCCUGAUGAGGCUUGGAUUGAUGGGGAGGUCGUGGAGGUCAACGGAGAUGAAGUCACGAUCACCUGUACUUCUGGAAAGACAAUUACGGCAAAAUUGAACAAUGUGUUCCCAAAAGAUACCGAUGUAUCACCUUGUGGUGUCGAUGACAUGACAAAGCUAGCUUAUCUUCAUGAACCAGGUGUCUUGCUGAACUUAAAGUCAAGAUUUAUGAUGAAUGAAAUAUAUACAUAUACUGGGAAUAUACUGAUUGCUAUGAACCCUUUUCAAAGACUGCCACACCUAUACAGUACCCACAUGAUGGAACAGUAUAAAGGGGCAGAUUUUGGUGAAUUAGCUCCCCAUCCUUUUGCAAUUGCCGAUGCUGCAUAUAGACGCAUGAUGAUUGAUGGAAUAAGCCAGGCAAUAUUAGUAAGUGGAGAAAGUGGUGCUGGAAAAACAGAAAGCACUAAGAUGCUUAUGCGCUUUCUUGCUCAUAUGGGUGGUAAAGUGGCAACUGAUGCACGGUCUGUCGAGCAACAAAUUUUGGAGUCCAAUCCUGUGCUUGAGGCAUUUGGCAACGCAAAGACAGUACGGAAUAAUAAUUCCAGUCGUUUUGGAAAGUUUGUUGAGAUCCAGUUUGAUGAAAAAGCAAGGAUUUCAGGAGCUGCUGUCAGAACAUACUUGCUUGAAAGAUCUCGUGUCUGUCAAAUAUCUGAUCCUGAGAGAAACUACCACUGUUUUUACAUGCUAUGUGCUGCUCCAUCUGAGGACAUUGAUAGAUACAAAUUGGACCAUCCUAGAACGUUUCACUACCUUAAUCAGUCCAAUUGCUUUGCACUUGAUGGGGUAGAUGAGUCAGAGGAGUACUUAACAACUAGAAGAGCCAUGGAUGUUGUUGGAAUUAGCACUGAUGAACAGGAUGCAAUUUUCAGUGUGGUGGCUGCCAUUCUUCACCUUGGAAAUAUUGAAUUUGCCGAAGGAGAAGAACCUGAUUCAUCUGUACCUAAAGACGAUAAAUCUUGGUACCAUCUAAGAACUGCUGCAGAGCUUUUCAUGUGUAAUGAGAAAGCUCUUGAGGAUUCCUUGUGUAAAAGGAUUAUCAUAACUCGCGGUGAUCGCAUUACCAAAAAUCUAAAUCCUGAAGCUGCAACUCUUAGCCGAGAUGCUUUGGCAAAGGUUGUCUACUCACGGUUGUUUGAUUGGCUUGUGGAUAAAAUCAACUGCUCAAUUGGCCAAGAUCCUGAUUCAAAGAUUUUGAUUGGGGUGCUGGAUAUUUAUGGAUUUGAAAGUUUCAAGACAAACAGUUUCGAACAGUUUUGCAUCAAUCUUACUAAUGAAAAACUGCAACAACAUUUUAAUCAGCAUGUUUUUAAGAUGGAACAAGAAGAAUAUACAAAAGAAGAAAUUGAUUGGAGUUAUAUCGAAUUUAUUGACAAUCAGGAUAUUCUUGAUCUUAUUGAGAAGAAACCAGGUGGAAUAAUUGCUCUUCUAGAUGAAGCUUGUAUGUUGCCAAGGUCAACACAUGAAACAUUUGCUGAGAAGUUGUACCAAACAUUUAAGAAUCACCAGCGAUUCAUCAAACCUAAAUUUUCACGCUCCGACUUUACCAUCCGUCAUUAUGCUGGCGAUGUUACAUAUCAAACAGAACUUUUCUUGGAUAAGAACAAAGAUUAUGUUGUUGCUGAACACCAAGAACUCUUGGGUGCUUCAAGGUGUCCCUUUGUUGCAGGUCUUUUCCCACCACUUACAGAGGACUCAUCUAAAUCUUCGAAGUUCUCAUCAAUUGGCUUAAGGUGUAAGCAACAACUUCAAACUUUAUUAGAAACUCUAAGCCAUACUGAGCCCCACUACAUACGAUGUGUAAAGCCUAAUAAUCUUCUGAGACCUGCAAUUUUUGAGAACACUAAUAUUCUCCAGCAGCUUCGUUGUGGGGGUGUGUUGGAGGCAAUCAGAAUAAGUUGCGCUGGAUAUCCCACACGACGCACAUUCGAUGAAUUUGUAGAUCGGUUUGGCAUUUUUGCACCCAAUUUAUUGGAUGAGAGUAGGAAUUUUGAUGAGGUGACUGUUACUAAGAAAUUGUUAGAGAAAGUGGGUCUCAAAGGUUAUCAGAUAGGCAAAACAAAGGUGUUUCUUCGUGCUGGUCAGAUGGCUGAAUUAGAUGCUCGUAGGAAUGAAGUUCUUGGACUCUCUGCUAAGAAAAUUCAAAGAAAAGUUCGAUCCUAUUUGGCUCGCAAACAUUUCAUCUUACUCCAAAAAUCAGCUAUACUGUUACAGACUGCAUGCAGAGGUUACAAUGCAUGUCAACAUUAUGAAAAGAUGCGUAGGCAAGCUGCUGCCUCAAUAAUCCAGGCAUAUUUUCGCAUGCACCUUGCAAGGAAAAUGUACACCAACAACUGUCUUGCAUCUAUUACCAUUCAAUCUGGUUUACGUGGGAUGGUUGCUCGUAAAGAAUUUCAUUAUAGGAAACAGACAAGAGCUGCAAUAAUUAUUCAGAGUUAUUUCCGCAGACACUUAGCGUGCUUGCGUUAUUUGAGACUAAAGAAAGCAACAAUUACGAUGCAAUGUGCUUGGAGAGGAAGAGUUGCUAGAAGGGAACUACGAAAACUUAAAUUGGCUGCAAAAGAAGCCGGUGCACUCCAAGAAGCUAAAAAUAAGUUAGAGAAGCAAGUUGAAGAACUCACAUGGAGACUACAGCUGGAGAAACGAAUGAGGCUUGACCUGGAGGAAGCAAGGUCUCAAGAAAUUACAAAGUUGCAAGUAGCCUUGCAGGAUAUGCAACUACAGGUUAAAGAAACAAAAACUAUGCUUGCAGCAGAGCAAGAAGCUUCCAAGAAGACUGCAGAAAAUGCUUCUUUGGUACAUGAGGUCCAAGUUAUUGAUACAGAUUUGACGAAUAAAAUCACAGCUGAAAAUGAAAAAUUAAAGGCUUUGGUGAGUUCUCUUGAAACAAAAAUUCAAGAAACAGAGCAAAAGUUUGAGGAAACAAGUGCCCUAAGUGAGGAGAGGCUAAAGAAAAUUCUUGAGACAGAAUCAAAGAUUGAUGAGUCAGAAGCAAAAUUAAUUGAUCUGAAAACAUCGAUGCAAAGUCUUCAAGAAAAGUUGUCCAAUAUGGAAUCUGAGAAUCAAGUUCUGCGACAGCAAGCCUUAAUCCUUGCAUCAGUCAAAAACACACCCUCUACCCCAUCGAAACAAAGUAUGGACAACCUUCCGCACCAAUUUAUGGAUCAUAAGGACCUACCAAAUGCUCCUCCUCCUAUUAAACACAUUGCCAAGACUGAUUCCAGGUUGAGGAAAUCUUAUGUUGACAGGCCGCAGGAGAAUGUUGACAUGCUGAUCAAAUGCGUGGUUCAAAACAUUGGUUUUGAUGAAGGAAAGCCAGCAGCUGCAGUGACUAUAUACAAAUCUCUUCUUCACUGGAAAUUAUUUGAAGCAGAGAAAACAAGUGUUUUUGACCGUCUUAUUCAGAUGAUUGGCUGUGCAAUUGAGGAUGAUCAGAGCACCGAACACCUAGCUUAUUGGUUGUCAAAUUCAUCUACUUUGUUAUAUCUCUUGCAAAAGAGUCUAAAAGCUGCUGGUGCAACUAGUAGUUCUACACCACGAGGGAAGCCUCCAACACCAACAUCAUUAUUUGGGCGGAUGACACAAGGGUUCCGCUCUUCUUCAAACAUUCCUGUGGAUGAACUUGCUUUUGUGCGCCAAGUAGAGGCCAAAUACCCAGCAUUGCUGUUCAAGCAACAGCUCUCAGCUUAUGCUGAAAAAAUUUUUGGGAUCCUUCGUGAUAAUGCAAAGAAAGAGUUGAGCUCAUUAAUUUCACAGUGUAUACAGGUAACUAGGACAGUAAGAGCAAAAAGUAUGCUGAGAGGGCGUUCAUUUGGAAGUAAUGCUCAGAACAGCCCGUGGCAAAGCAUCAUCGACAAUCUUGAUAAUCUCCUGGCAGUGUUGCAAGGGAACUAUGUACCCGAGAUUCUUAUUCAGAAGUUCUUUGUUCAAGUCUUCUUCUUCAUUAAUAUUCAACUUUUUAAUAGUCUUCUCUUGCGCCGAGAAUGUUGCUCCUUUAGCAACGGAGAGUAUGUGAAAUCUGGUUUGGAUGAAAUGGAAUUGUGGUGUAAUAAAUUAAAACCAGAGCUUGUUGGAUCAUCCUCGGAUGAACUUAAGCACACAAAACAAGCUAUUGGUUUCUUGGUAAUAUUCCAGAAGUAUAGGAUUUCAUACGAUGAGAUAGUCAAUGAUCUCUGCCCGGCGCUGACUGUCCAACAGCUGUACAGAAUUUGCACCCAAUAUUAUGAUGACAAAUACAAUAGUCAAAGUGUUUCACCAACUGUACUUUCUGACAUGAGUAAACUAAUGGUAAAUGAUUCCGCUGACGACGAUGAAGCUACAUUUUUGCUGGAUGAUGAUCUGAGCAUUCCCUUCUCACUGGAUGAAAUUUCAACCUCUGUACAUGAUAAAGAUUUACUCGACGUCAAACCACCCGAGGAACUCAUCAAAUAUACAGCAUUCCAAUUCUUACUAGAUUAAAGUUUGGUGAUCCAAGCAUGCAUAUAUAGUUUUCAACAUGUGAAGGAACAUCUCCAUGCGACCAUUCAAAUUCUUUAAUAUUCAUCACAGAUUUGUCAAGUCUGUCAGUCCCAUCCUGGGGGCUAUAGUUUCCAUUUCCUUUAGGUUUGUUGAUUUAGGAGUGGAAGCAAAUUGCGCUUGAUUUUGGUUCAAUUCUUUGUUUGAUCCAAAGAACAUUGCCUUCAUCAUAGGCAAGUUGUGUUUUAGAUAAAGUUGUGAUAGAAAUAUGUUUUUCUCCAGUUGUGUAAAGAUUCGAUUUAAGUGCCAAGGGCAAUUGUAGAGCAAUAUACUGAAUUAGUUUUGUUUUUUUUUGUAAA